AUGGCGGCCGGGGCGCCCCUCCCCGGCGUCAGCAGCGGGCGCCGCGUCGCGCGGGGCGGUGCCAUGGUGCCGGCGGCGAGGCCGCACGGGUGCGAGCGGUGCGGGAAGGCGUUCGCGCAGGCCGGCGCCCUCGCCAAGCACCGCCGCGUGCACACCGGGGAGAAGCCGUACCGCUGCCCCGUCUGCGGCAAGGCCUUCGCGCUCUCCUCGGGGCUGGUUCUCCACAAGCGCACCCACACCGGGGAGCGGCCCCACGCCUGCCCGCUGUGCGGCAAGGCCUUCAUCUCCUCCUCGCACCUCGCCCUCCACCUGCGCUCCCACACGGGUGAGAGGAAGUACAGGUGCCCCGCCUGCGGGAAGCUCUUCCUGCAGUCCUCCCACCUGGCACGCCACAAGGCCAUCCACACCGGCGAGCGGCCCUUCAAGUGUGAGGACUGCGGCAAGCACUUCGGGCGUGCCUCGCACCUCCAGACCCACCGCCGCGUGCACACGGGCGAGAGGCCCUUCAAGUGCCUGCAGUGUGAGAAGGCCUUCACGCAGAAGGCGGGGCUGGUGCUCCAUGUCCGCCUGCACACAGGGGAGAGGCCUUACAAGUGCAACAAAUGCGGGAAGAACUUCCGCUCCUCCGCUCACCUCGUCUCACACCAGCUGCUCGAGUCUGGUGAGAGGAACUUCAAGUGCACCACCUGUGGGAAGGCCUUCAAGCAGGCCUCGUCCCUCAAGCAGCACCUGAAGACCCACGAGGUACGUGAGCCUCACCGCUGCUCAGUCUGCAGUCGAGCCUUUUCCAGGUCCUCAUACCUCCAGCUUCACAUGAGAACGCACAGCGGUGAGCGGCCGUACCACUGCUUGGUGUGCAACCGGACGUAUGCCAAAAUCUCCACUUUUGAAAAACACUGUAAAAAGCACCAGCAGGAAGAGGAGAAGUCCGAUGUCAGACCUGGUUCCGCGACCACCAGGGCAAAAGCAGUGACUGAAAAAAAGACACGAGAACUGCAGCACCAAGAUGACGACCAUGAGCAACCUCUGCAGGCUGAUGUAAGGCAGCAGCAGGAGGAAAGGCGUUGAGAGACUAAAUUACUGGGCAUGGAAAACACCAUAACAAACAAAUGGCAAGCCCUGUUCUCUCUUGAAUUAAGAAAUUGUAGUUGGUUAAGCGAGCUGGUUACCACACCGAGGGAAUGAUGUAAGUUGUGGAAAGGGUUGCUGUCAAAGCAGAAUUUU